UUUAAUAACGCAUUGGAACACAAAGUGUUUUAGAAUGUUAGUUCAGUAGCAGUAAUCUGAAUUCUGUACGUAUGCAUAUUGCUACAAUGGAUGAGAUGAACAUGAUUGGUGAAUUUUCGCAUAAUGUGUCAUCCGUAGCGAGUCAUUGGAGAAUAACUCAACUGUAUGAAGCUCAAGCGUAUGUGAAUGCACGCCGACUAAUUUCUGAGUUCCAGUCCCUUCUAACCGAACUGGAUUUAAACAAAAAACAGGCGAGUUUGUUUUUACUGGUCUGUGAAAGAUAUGUUUCACAUUUCCAGCAUUGUUUUAAGCAAGAAUUGAAUGGUUUGGUUGGUAGUUCUGAUUGUAGCCCACCAUUGGUUACAUCUGACUCAACCAUGUUUGAUUUAUCUCGAGACAAAUUGACAAAGUACUCAAAAGAAAAACCAGACCAAUUAACAAUGUGCAUGGCACAGACUUUGAAAAAUGGCUUUUCUUGUGAGAAAAUGGAAACCUUAGGGGCAAGUGCAAGUGGUAGCCUUGAACGAAUGGAUAGACCCAAUGGGUCUUUAAAGGGAUUAAAGUCCGCGGAUUCCGAGUUUUCUGAUUUUAAUGCCUCAAACAUUCACACGUCACCGCAGCGGAGGAUGAGUGUUGAUGAGUUGGCGCUUCAUUCCAUCAAUGGAAGUGGAUUUGAUGAGGAUGUUGGAUUUGCACGUGGAAAGAAGAACAAACAAAAAGUUAAAAGAGGAAUGUCGUUAAGUGGACGUGGAAAAUUAUCAAAAGAGGAUCUAAACUCUAAGGAAACUAAUGGAGAUGCAAAAGGGAAUCCGUUGUCUAAUGUUUGGAAUCGAUUACGAAGAGGAAGUAAUAGCAAGUCAUCUAAGGCAUUAAGUGCUCUGUCACAAAGUGAAAAAUCACUCUCUGAGAGUACUGUGAGAACUGAAACUGUGGCAAGUUACCUAAAUGUCUCCAUUGAUCAAACAGUCGACCCAACCAUGUUUCAAAAAGCUAAACUCGUUAUCAGGCAAAUUGAAGAACAAUUUCAAAUUGAAAUAUUUGCUCCACCAAAGAGCACUAAAGCCAAGAUAAUAAUUGAUGGUAUAGAUAUUUCUGAGGUACGGCCUACCACUGAAUUGGAAAUGCCAGAUUCUGACUACACUCUAGUUGUCAAGACGAAUUGUGCGGAAUACCUAUUUAAACUGGAUCGACGGUUGGAUUUUGCAACUUGGCUUUCGGAACUGGAAGAGCUUAGCAGGAAAUACGGCAAUAAGAAUUUGCAGGUAUACGAGUGCGACAAACAUCCGUUCGUUCCAGAGCGGUUACGUAAGUCACCGAGCGAAAUAAACGGCGAAGCAGCUGACCCGGAAAAUCAGGAAUCCGUUGACAUUGCAUCGACAUCACCAGUAACAGGAUCCUCUGUUCUGCUAAACGGGACGAGUGAGGAAAAUGUGAACACCGAGCCCGACCCAUCCACGCACCCUACAGCACAACUCGGGUGCUGGGAGUCGGCCAUCUCUUGCUUGGAUGUUGCUUCCACAUCGCAAGUCGAUGCUCCGGAGGAAGGAGAGAAGAAACCGAUUGAUCUUAACAAACUUCCGUUUUUUCAUGGAACAUUAUCAAGACUCCGAGCAGCGAAACUUGUACUUAACGGAGGGCACGGCGUCUUCUUGCUCCGUGUGUCUGAAACUAGACAGUGCGGUCACGUUUUAACUUUUAAUUUCCAAGCUAGGGCAAAGCAUCUCCGACUAACCAUCAAUGCUGAAGGCCAAUGCAGAGUCCAACAUCUCAAGUUUACAUCUUUGAUGGAUAUGCUUCAACAUUUUCGUACUCAUCCCAUCCCACUUGAGUCCGGAGGACCAACCAACGUUUAUCUGACUGACUACAUCAUCAACGAAGCUUGCAAUUUCCGAAACGAAAUGCAGAAACAACAAUCUCAGGAAUCUGAAACAUCGGAACCGACCGAGAAUCCUUCCGGAAGCUCUAUUUCUUCCACCCCGGACGUUUCUUCCAUCAAUAUUCCGGGUAUUUCACGAGACUCCCCUGUUCUGGGUCGAAUCGCGGGCACGGACGAAGACGCAAGCACUGGAGCGCACACUAGGGCUGUGGAAAACCAAUACGAGUUUUGUUGAUGUUUCGCCGCAACGUGACGACGCCCCACACACCACCAUGUUCCACUCUUAACUUCCGAAGUUCAACAGCGUUUCACUUGUGCGUCGGACUCGCACACCUUUUCCCAUUUAUUUCUUUUAUUAGGUGCUCAUUUUAUCUUAAGUAAAGCAAGUGCUUUCGGUGGCGACGGUCACUACUUUCUCACUCAGCGAAUGUCUUUUACCUAUUUUGUGCACACACGCGCACAAACCACGACUUUAUGGUUUCUUAACUUUCCGUGAACCGACAUGAUAUUAUAGCUUGCAUUUGACCUCUCUAUCUAACAAAUGAUGAUGUCCAGUUUGAAGUGAUAGGCAACCCACUUUUCUUUCGUUUUAAUACUCCGUUGGUGCUCUAGUGCAUAUCCAGUGCACGAUAUUUUUAUCAAAUCAGGGCCUUUUUGCACCAUUAGUUAUAUACAGACAUUGCUUUUCAGGCGCGCGUAUGCUAACCAAGCAAACUUCUAUCUAUUCUAAGGUGUACAGGAAAACCACGAGCAAAAUUAUUUAUACGACAAAAAACAUUGUGCGCCUGUUCUUUGUCGAAAAAAAGUCGUGUUUUUUCGUUUUAUUACCUAGGAAAUUCUCCUUUUCUUUGUACUUCGCUCUGUUUUUUUCGCAGUAUUAUUUCCCAGCACCAACUCUUUUCCGCCAAUCCCAAACUAUUGGGCGCAGGAACGCUGAUAUAUUCAUCCAAUCAUUAUUUGUCAACUUCCGUUUCUGUGCUGGUCGGACUAUUUUAUCAGAUGCGCUUGGGAUCUUUUUGAGCGUUUUUUUUUUACUCACUAGCAGGUGUACUUCUUGGGUGUAAUAAGCACCGUCUCUGUUACGGUUUUUUGACUGUUUUACUAUUCAGCAUGUACUGUCCUUAUCUUGUCGACCGGUCGUUCACGUAGCAAAUCGUCCGCAGCCAGCGCUACCCCACCAAUUUUCCAGCAAGGUUUUCUUGUCGUUUUGUGCCAAAAUACCCAAACCCGGAGUAUUUUAAAAGUAAGCAGCUGUGAUACGAUUUGUUAUGUUUUGAUAGAUAAACAGCAUAUGCCUUCAGGCAAUUGGGGCUCUUUCAGGACUGUAGAACCGACGGUGUUCUUUUUAAUUUUUAAAAAUUUGAAUAUUUGCAUUAAAUUUUCUUCGACGCAUCCUAUAUCCAUUAAUGCCCCAAAUGGAGAUUUUUUUCAAUUUCAAUCGAUGCAUAGUUUCACCACAAGGCUUUAUAUUUUGUUUUGAAGUUAAUAUCGCUGAUAUUUCCGUAGCUCAAAACAAAACCUAGUUUCACUACCCUUUGUAUUGUAAAAUAUAUAUAGAUAAAAUCUAGUUUACUGUUUUCCAUGCAUAAUACACAUGUUUGGUCGGUACAGAA